AUGGAACAGCUCAUUAACAUGAACGACCUGAAAACCGCUCAGCCGGCCAUUACAGUAUACAGCCAGCAAAGUGUGGAAUCGCAAGCUUCCACGCCCGUGGCUUCCCCAGUCCCUUCACCGGUUGCCUCACCAACUGCCCAUAACUACGAACCUCUGCCACCAAACAUACCACAACCACAGAUAUCGCUCAAGCAAGACCACUUCAAACACCUGGAACAUGUCGCCCAGCCCGAAGUAGUACGAAAGUUCGCCAACCCAGCUCCAUUGGGCCUAUGUGCAUUCGCACUCACCUCAUUUGUCUCGAAUGCCAUGAACCUGUACAUGGCGAAUGGCACAGUAACGGGUAUUAAUAUUGGCUUGGCUUUGAUCUAUGGUGGCAUAAGUCAGUUCCUGGCCGGAAUGUGGGAAAUGGCACUCGGAAACACCUUUGGCGCGACUACUUUCUGCUCAUUUGGGGCUUAUUGGAUUACCUUCGCCACUCUGUCCGAGAUUGACACCACCAAUCCCGUAGUUGAGAAAGCGAUCGAGUCGUGUCAAGCUGAGGUCUUGAUGGGGAUAUUCAUGAUGGCAUGGUUUAUCUUCACAACCCUCAUGCUACUAUGUACACUCAAGUCCAGCAUCGCUAUGUUCCUGAUUUUCUUCUUCCUCGACCUUAACUACCUAUUGCUGGCAAUUACGCAUUUCCAUUGCGGCUCAUCUUCAGGAAUGGUUGCUGCGUUGCAGAAAGCAGGCGGGGUUUGCGGUAUAUUGGCGGCCAUCACCGCUUGGUACAAUGCCUUUGCUGGUGUCUUCGAUCAGAGCAACGGAUUCUUCACCGUUCCUCUGGGACACUUCCCUUGGUCGCCUGUUCAUCACGUUCACCAGGCGAACAAAUAUAAAGAGGUGUGA